GCCAGUUUUAAAAACCACGUGGAGAAUGACAGUUUCGUAACAAAUCCCAAAGUGCACGCAAUAAUGGCAAAUUUCAUCAACUCAUCAAAAAAACUCUAUCAAUAACCUCGAGUAUGAGUUCAAAAAUUCCGUUGGAACUGACACUUGCGAUUCUGAAGCCGCAUGUCGUCAAGAAUCCCAUAGUUCUGCAGAAAAUUUACGAAAUGAUCACUGAAAAUGGACUGAAAGUCGUUCGAAGCCAGAGGAAAAUUAUAACUCUUCCGGAGGCUGAUUUGUUCUAUCAGGAGCACAGACAAAAAUUCUUUUACAAUAGGCUAGUCACGUUCAUGUCCAGUGGACCCUCUGAUAUCUUGAUUUUAGCUGGUGAGAACGCUGUCCUCAAGUGGAGGGAGAUUAUGGGACCGACGAAGGUGUUUCAGGCGCAGUAUUCGGCGCCAGACACGAUUAGGGGAAAGUUUGGGCUGUCUGAUACGAGAAAUGCUACACACGGCUCAGACUCAACAGAAUCAGCAGAACGCGAAAUGCAAAUAUUAUUCAAAGACUUUGACUCCAAAAAAUGGCGCGAAACCGAUAGAAGUCUUCGUGAUUUAGGACAAAAAAUGAAACUUGAUGCUGAAUCAUUUAAAAAUAACAUCGACGAAAGCUCCGUUGAUCGCGAGCAGAACGUCAAAUGAAUCCAGUGAUAGAGGUAUGAAAUUAGCUAGUGGAAAAUUAACUGUAAAUUGAAUUCUCGUGGAAAUAAAGUUGACAAAAAUA